AAUUUCUUUUAAAUCUUACGACCUCCAUGAUAUUGGCGAAUGCCUGCCAAGAAUGUUGUGUUUUGAAAGCGCCAUUUUCAAAUCGGGUAAGCUUUCUUUAUUUUGUCGCAUCGAUCUUUUAAUGGAUUAUAAUAUUAGGGUUUCAUUUUUCCUGGAUCGAUUAAACAAGCCCAACAACGGUUCCUACUAAGCAUGAUUACAAUCCAUAAGAAAAUCCUUUAAUUAGGUUAAAAAAAACCAGAAGAAGAAGAAGAAGAAGCUUUUUGGCAGCGAAGGCUGAGGCAGAUGGAAGCUUUAGUGAAAAGGGUAAAUUUCCUUUUUGAAAGGGAGAUGGUUGUAAUGAAUAGAAAGAGCUCGUAAUGUAAUACCUAACCAAAAAAGAAAAAGGAGAAAACGUUGAGACUCUGUCUGAAUUUCCCUUUGAUGCGACAACACUCAUUAUACUGUUCCGCUUAGGGUUUCUCAACCUUGAUUGUUUCAUUCUUGGAAGCUAUGGAACUUAUUUAAUUGCUCUGUUUUAUGAUUUAUUUUACUGUUUUGAAUGAAAAUUCUGAAGGAGAUGGGGUUAGGGAUUGGAUUUAGAGGCGCCCACAAGAAUUUUCACCUCCAAUUCUGGUCUGUUUCUUGUGGGCUACAUGAAAACUACUCCCAGUUGUGUAAUCCAAGAAGAACCACUGGAAGUAGAAGAUUCAAGUUUUUUUUCUCUUUUUGGGGCUGUGGGAAAUCUUUGACAUUUUGUGAAGGGAAAUUUUGUCUUCUUUGUGGUCCUGUUGAAUCAUAACUUUGAGAGCAUGACAUUCGAAAUGUUUCCAUCCCCAUUUCAUUUAUUAAUAUUCAUAGAUUCCUUUUCAUUUACAAAGUGGUGUGGUAGUCUUACUUUGAAGAAUUCCAUGGGGGAUAUAAAAAAAACCAAACUGAAAAGAGAAAAUUAUUGGGGAAAGCAAAGCAAUGAGACUGUAUUCAUCAUGUAAUGCACAUAUCAAGACUUGAAGCUGUAUUUUCACCUUUGGCACCAAAUCCCCUGUUCCUCCACCCACCCAAUCAUAUCUCAACACAUCAUAACUUGUUGGACAAUGUUGCCCCUCUUUGUCACCUGAGUAGCCCUUUUAACCCCAAGAUCUAUUGAAUAGAUAAGAGGUUAAAGCUGCUGGUGAAUGAGUACCUCUCUAUCUCUAGUGGCUAUAAAAAAAGAUUGGUCCUCUUUCCUUGGCCUCCCCUUUUGUUUGUUCAUUAUCCUCUUCUCCCACAGUUUCAUUCCCAGCAGCGAAGAGAGAGAGAGAGAGAGAGAGAGAGAGAGAGUGAGAGAUGGGAAAUUGUCAAGCCAUUGAUGCAGCAACACUUGUGAUACAACACCCAAGUGGGAAAGUUGACAAACUAUAUUGGCCUGUGACUGCUAGAGAGAUCAUGAAGAUGAAUCCUGGUCAUUAUGUUGCUCUUCUUAUCUCCACCACCAUGGUUACACCGAAUGAAAGUUCUAAUAACAAUGAAACCAGCAAGGUUGAGAAAAAGGAGAAUGAAGCCAGCAAGGUUGAGAAAAAGGAGAAUGAAGCCAGCAAGGUUGAGAAAAAGGAGAAUGAAGCCAGUAGUAAUUCGGUUCGUUUAACUAGAAUCAAGCUUCUUCGCCCAGCUGACACGCUUGUUCUUGGCCAAGUUUACAGGCUCAUCACUUCUAAAGAGGUUAUGAGUGGUUUAUCCGCAAAGAAACAAGCAAAGGUUAAACAAAGCCAGUUAGAAGCCGCUGAGAAGGCAGGGAGGAGGAAAGAACGUGCAGCCAGAGGCUCAGAUUCAGCAGCCGCCGCCGCAGCUGGAAGAUCUGUAUCUGAAGAUCCUUUUCAGGCGACCAAACACGAGAAGAACAACAGACCAAGAACAAGUACAUCGACAACCUCGGCCAUAGCCAGGUCAAGAACAUGGCAACCUUCAUUACAUAGCAUCUCAGAAGCCGGUAGCUAAUCAUUUAUGUUCCCUAUUUCCCACAUGCUAUUGAGAGACAGGGUGGCACAGAUUGUCCAAGGGUCUUUAAACUUCUCCAAAGAGGAAAAAAAAAAAAAAAAAAAAAAAACAACAACAACAACGACAAAAAAGAAAAAAAAAGCAGAAAACUGGAGAAAGUGAAAACAAAUAAAGUAGAGAAGCCAAAUGAGCUUUUUAAUUCAAGAAGAGAAAUUCCUUCAAGAGCAGAUCUGGAAGCAAAACAGCAUAAAACCGUGCAUAGGAAAAGCAGGGUGGGUAACAUCUUUGUAAAUUCCAAGUCCUUUUCAGUAAUGGCUAUUGUUCAUUGUGCAAAAUGAGAGCUCUGUUUUGAUUACCACUCUGUUUCAUCUGUUUUAGCAGAAUAGAAUAGACAAGUGAUUGUGCUUA